UUUUUUUUUUCUUUUAACCUUUAUUUUUAUGUGUAUGGAUAUUUUUUGCCUGCAUGUAUGUGCAGUGCCGUGGAGACCAGAACACAGGGUUGGAUCUCUUGCAACUGGAGUUAAGGCCAGUCAGUGAGAGCUGCCGUGUGGGGCUGGCAAUCUUCUGGAAGAGCGAAUAGUGUUCUUUACCACUGAGCUCUCUCUCUAGCCCAACAAAAAUAUCCUUUUUUUAAAAAAAAGAUUUAUUUAUUUAUUUAUUAUACGUAAGUACACUGUAGCUGUCUUCAGACACUCCAGAAGAGGGCGUCAGAUCUCGUUAAGGAUGGUUGUGAGCCACCAUGUUGUUGCUGGGACUUGAACUCAGGACCUUUGGAAGAGCAGUCGGGUGCUCUUACCUGCUGAGCCAUUUCACAAGCCCAAAAAUAUUCUUAAAAAGACAAAAAACAAAACAAAAUAAAAAACCAUCAACAGACAGACAUAUAAGCAAGGGGUGGGAGGGAAACAGAGAGACUGUAGAGAUGGCUCAGCAAAUAAAGGCACAUGCUACCAAGAUUGACAACCUGAGUUCAAGCUCCAGGACUCAUAUGGUAGAGAGAACAGAAUCCCAAAAGUUGUCCUACGAGGUCUAUACAUGUGAACAUACCUACACACUUACAAGCAUAUACACACAAUAAACAAAUGAACAUAAGUACAUUUAAAAAAAUUAAAAAUCAGCAGGGCACAGUACCCCUGGCCUAUAAAGCAGGAAGGUUAGGACAGUCUGGGCUACAGAGCAAGGCCUUAUCUCAGAAAAAAGCACAAGACUUAGAGAGGCCAGUGUUACUCACUGCAAAGCAUGCCCUAGAAGGAUGAGUCUAGUCUACUCUCCCUCAUGCUGAUAUGUACAGUUAAAUGUUUAGUUAUAUUUUAUUUCUACGUACUUAUGUAAGGCUGUCUAGAUUUUAGGUAUAUCAUGGGUUUGAAGAGGACUGCUGAGACUGGAGGGAAGUAGAUCUGCUGGAACGCAAGUUGGGGGUGGUUGUGAAAUGCUUGCUGUGAAUGCUAGAAGUUGAAGUCAAGUCCUCUCUGCAAGCGCAGUAGGUGCUCAUAGUUUCGGAGCUAUCUCUCCAGCCCCUCACUUACUUGAGAAAGGAGUUAUCUAUCCUUGCUGGCAAGGUUCAUGAUUAGAUACAAAAUACUCAGGAAACAGCAACUUUAGCAGGCAACCUCAAAACUAGCCAUAUUUCAUAAUCAGAAAUGCACGCUAAAAAAGAAAUGCAUUUCUUAAAGAAAAUACACCAUAAAGCCUGAGAUAAUGUGAAAAUAUUAACAAAUCAGGAAUGUUUCAUUUGUCUGACCUGAGUAAGGUAUUCUAAUUAGCUUAAACAAAGAUUUCAGGCACAAAUGCCAUCUUCUUAAGAAUGAGGAAACCAUAUACUAACCAGUCUGUCCACUCACGGGGCUUCCAACCCCUUCCUCCCAAGGCCAGGAAGCAAGGAUCUUGAUACAGACUCUGGGACAGUGCAGGCAAGCCCCACUCCAUACUGAGACAUUUAGAUACAGAAUGCAAAAAUUCACUUGAAUGUGUCAGAGCUGUCAUGGUCUCAAUAGCAGCUUCCCAAUGGAGAAUCCCUCUUUUAAUAGCGUAGAUACGGAUGUUAAGAUUUGCCACAUUUUGGGCUAAUUUUAGCACUCUUACAGCCUUAAUUAAGAUAACCUAAUACUAUUUUUAAAAACAUGUAAUUUCAACAUUUUAAGAAUUUCUUCCUUGUUUUCAUUUUAAAAACUCCAAAUACUGUUUUUCAAUGACUUUCUAGAACUGCUGUGUGAAAACGUAAAGUGAACUACAUCUUGAAACUGACUCUUAAAGAAAGAAAGAGAGAGAGAGAGAGAGGGAGGAAGGGAGGAAAGGAGGAAGGAAGGGAGGAAGGAAGGAAGGAAGGGAGGUAGGAAGGAAGGGAGGGAGGGAGAGAGGGACUUUUCCAAAUCCCCCCCUAAGCCUUAUGGCACAGGGGAGGGGACCACUUAAAUGGAUAAGAAAUUUUCUCUCAAAACACUUCAUUAAAAUCCUUCCAAAUUCUUAAAAUUCUCUGCUUUUAAAGAGACUGUAUUUUCUCUGAAUUUCUAGUAUUGACAACUAUGGCUCAGAGUCUCAUGGUUAGAGUUCAAACUCAUUAUACACUAUGAAGUUUUGCCAGUCACGAGAAAAACCCAUGACCAAGAAAACGAAGCAUUAGUCAGAGUUUUCCCUGGAAACAGUGGAGUUGCUAUCCACUACAGCAGCAAGGCUGUACCUGAAGCCUGUCUCCAGCCACUUGGGUGAAACUUAAACUGAAAUAGCAACAUGAUUGAAAGCUUUUGUAGAUCAGCACCCUUUAUUUCUAGGAACUACACACUGAGGCUAGGCAUGGCAGCACAUUCCUGUAAUCUUAGCACUUAGCCUGUAGUUCAAGGCCAGCUGAUCUGUGAUCUGUAGUCUCAAAAAAAGAAUUAUGUAGCAACACUCCCUACACUCUCAGCCAUGAAAAGUGCGGGAUGUUUUACAGUGCUGUGGAGCAGGCAGUUUCCCUGGUGUCUAUAUUCUGUCACUGACGCAAGGUAAACCUUUCCCAGCACUUACAGCUGUUAAAAAAUAGUAGCCCAAACUCAGUCUGGGCGGCUGCUGACCCACUGCAGUUACUGAUCAAUCAGCAGGGACUAUCUGGCAGAGAGGAUGCAGUUUUCCCUCACUGGCAAUCUGAAGAACACAGGGGACCUAGUAUGGUACAGAUGAGAGAUCAUCAGUUUAAUUUAAACAGACACACUGGGACCAAGCUAAUGGAUCUCAUAUCUGAACUAAGUGAAAAUACUACCAACCCUUUUAGGAGAAUGAGGCACAUUUUUCCUGCGCAUUUUCAGAUUAUUUGAUUUUAUGUUUCCAAAAUACUGUGAGGAUCUUCUUACUACUAACUUUCACACACCAAAGGUGUGAGAAAUGUUACUAAUGGAGGACCUUCUGUUUGUCUCACUAAAGUUUUGUGCUCUUUCCUUUAAUUACAUAGUUGCUACUAUAUGGUCCUGAAACACUUCUAACUGGUAACAGUGUAACUUAAAAUACCUAGAUCACACAGUUCCUAGCAUUUGUACUAGAAAUUAAUGCAAAAGACUGUGAAUAAGAAGGUCAGCCCUUUCCAUGUCAAUGAAAGUUCUCAAAAUGAAAACCUAGCAGGGAAAACAUCACACACCACCUUUUAACUCUCAACUCUAUCUGUUUAUCCUUCCUUAAGAUAACCACAGGUAGUUAGAAAGAGAUACCAGUUCAGAGUAUGGCAUCCAAAAACAUCCAUCAAACAGCAAAGCCACUGACAAAUUAUUACCCUUAUGGCAACGGCAGACACUUGCUUACAUUACACAAACAAUUUAUGGAGUAGCACUUAGAAACCAUGAUUUACUUAGAAGCUGAAAAACAGGAUAGCUACAAUACUGCAUAGCAAGUUCCAAUCCUGCCAGGGAUACUGAGUAAAACAAACAAGCUGGGCAUGAGAGUAAUGACUUUAAACCCAGCACUCUGGAGGCAGAGGCAGAGGCAGGCAGGGCUCUGUGAGUUCCAGGCCUGCCAGGGCUAUAUAGCCGUUCUCAAAUACACAAAACAAAACAAAAAACAACUUGCUCAAUAAUAAAAAAAAAAAACAAAAACACCCAAAAACAAAACCCCAGGAAUUACGGAGAUUUUAAAGAGCACUAGGCAGUGGUGGUGCACACCUUUGUACCCAGCGCUUGGAAGGCACAGGCAGGCAGAUUGAGGCCAGCAUGGUCUACAGAGUGAGCUGCAAGACAGCCAGAGCUACACAGAGAAACCUGUCUCAAAUCAUAUUCAUUCAUAUAGAUGUAUGUGUAUAUAUAUAUAUAUACACACACACACAUACACGCACAUAGAUAUAUGUACAUAUACAAAUACAUACACAUACACAUAUAUGUGUAUGUGUAUGUAUAUGUAUAUGUAGGGGGGGAUGGAGUCUGUGAGCACACAUAAUCUAUCAGAUGAUUAGUUCUUCCUUCUGCAGGGAAAGAGGUUGUUCAACACUAACACCAUUAAGGAUUGCGACAUUGUUAAAGCAAAAACCAUUGCACAAUAAACCCUAGCUCUUUAGGCACCACCUUCAUAGCAAAACAAAUGCUAAGAAAGCCAUUCCUUCAAUUGUGCAAGACCAGAGAACUAACCUGAACAUGCUCUAGAAGUAAAGCAAGGAAAGUCACUUGUGGUUUUUGCUAGGGAUCUGCUUUGUGACAUAAGAAACUUAAGGUUAGCUUGGCUGGGUCAAGAAAAGUGAACCCAACCAAGCUCAUAGUAUUUUGCUCUAAUAGCUUUGAAGAUAUUGUUGAUCUUCCUUAACGUUUAAAAGGGCAAAGUUUUUUUUUUACCUUGUGAUGUCAGAAAGUCAAAUGAUGUGCUCCAGAUUAGUUACUAAUUUCCAGCCUGAAUAUUUUACUUUCCGUUUCUUUUUAACAGCCUGAGUAAUUUCUUAUAUUAUGUACAUAUAAUAUCUAGAAUUUUUAAUAAUCCUGAAGUUGUUUUAAAACAGGAUCUGAUUUUCACAGGGCAACUGCCAAAAUUACUCCAAAGAGUGUGUAUCAAUUAAUUAUAAUUAUUUUGAUAGUAUCAUCAAACUUUAAUAAUAAAAAAUUGAGUUAAUAUUUAAAUUUGACUAAAAAUGUGGCAAAAAUAGUAAAAGAUGAUAUUUAAAUGCAGUAUACCAACUCCCUUUUAAAAACCCUAUCCAUAUUAAAAAAAAAAUACACGCUUAACUAUUAGGACAAAUUGAAUUCCAAGUUAUAGGAUUUACAGAGCACUUCCUAAGUCAGACACUGUGAACUUGGGGAUACAAAGAUGCAACUUUUAGAGACAGCUUAGUCAGCAGAAUCCUCCUAUGAACAAACUCUUCAAAUAUUGGCCAAGCACAUGGAUAUGGUGGAGAAACACUACUCAUCCCUGAAGGGCUUAAGACCUUCGCCAUGGAGUAGUCGACACUCCCUGAAUUGGCUCUGAAUGACUUGUUAUAUGGAAAGAGACUACUAUAACCUUGUAACAUUUUUCCCUUAGAAGCCACACCAGUGUCUAUGUGCUCUGCUCAGAGCAAAGCAUACAUAUCAAAUGCAAUUCUAGAGAUUCUGUAAUUCUCAGGUAUAAAUCUGUCAGUUUUCCCGACGUUUCCUUGGGCUCACAUGAACCCCUAACAGGCAUUCUCUAAUUUUAACAAUUAUUCUAAAAAAAUGCUUAAAAGGCACACCUCAGCAAUCCACUCUCCAAUGUGUGUGUGUGUGUGUUUUUUUUUUCCCUUCCCCUCGCUGCAGUGUUAUCACAUGACCCACUGACAGCUCAGGACAGGAUUAGUCAGGCUGGAGGGCGCCUAGCUAAAACCCUUCAGCUGAAACGCUUUUAACCAAUGAGCCACCCACAGAGCCAAGCUGCCAAUUAACCUGUGCAAAUGGAACCUUAUUUUCAGGAAAACAACAGAUACUUAAAAAAGAGGAAAAAAAAAAGUCUUCUUUCAAAGCUCUCUGCCUGGCUUUAAGGGAGCCGUGAAGAGGUUUGAUUCUAUACAACCGAAAGCUUCAGCCAACAAGAGCCAUUUGGGAAUGACUGGCUUGUCUAAACAUGGCUUAUUGAGGUCUUUUAUGAUCACUACACUUAAGCCUAUGAACAUAACAGUGGAAAGCAACCUUCCAUUUAACUGCGUUUGGUUAGCUGGUCAGUAAACGAAUAAACAACAGAAGACCAAGCAAAGGAUUAAGAAACUCGAUUUUUGGUUCCUCUUUUCCCAAUAAUUAGAUGUCUGAAGCCAGGCAUGGCUUCUCCUUUCCAGAACCUUAGGCGUCUCGCCUGUAAAACGAGAGGGUGGGACUGCACGACUAGGGUAUUUUUCAGCUCUAAGGUUCUCCGGUAUCUAGGUGUCCUCCAGUGAAGCGGUUCCCUACAGAAUAAGCCACAUCUCCCUCUAGCCGCGGGGCCUGCCCACAUCAGCGAUGACAUUACACCUUCUGCACGGUCCACCUGCCCAGAGGUCCACGGGGCAAAGGGGGACGGAGUAGGCGUUCCCUCGACCCGAAGACAUUUAAAUGAGGCCAGGAGCAGAUGAAGACAGUGACAAGAAGUGGCCCUCAGAGACAGACCAGUGUCUGACAAUACCCAGAGAACUCGGAGCGGGUAGGGCAAUCAUCAGGAGCCCACUUAGCCCAUGGGAAGGUUCCAGUCGGUGCUCUCACGCUCGGCCCACCGAAGUCACGGAAAAGCUCACGCAAAGCUGGAGAGGUGCUUGUGAACUGAGCGAUGGGGGAAAUGAAUCCCAUUCCCUCCCCGCUGGCUGAACAGUGAGCUUCACUAGACCAGACAGACUGCCCUUUCUCCUGUAAAGGUGACAGAAGACCACAUCUAUCAAGGGGCCUUCCUAAGCACCCGGAGGAGAAGGCCUCCCCGCCAUCCCACUCCCUACCCAGCCCAGCCUCCUGCAGCCCUUGCCAUGUUCCAGGUUGUUCUGGGUGCUCCUCAGCGACUGCUGAAGGAAGGGAGGCAGUCCCGGAAGCUGGUGUUGGUGGUGGUGUUUGUGGCUCUACUCCUGGACAAUAUGCUGCUCACUGUGGUGGUGCCCAUUGUGCCCACCUUCCUGUAUGCGACAGAGUUCAAAGACAUCAACUCUUCUCUGCUUAGGGGUCCUUCUGUAAGCUCCCAGCAAGCUCUCACCUCUCCUGCCUUCUCUACCACCUUCUCCUUCUUUGACAACACCACCAUGACUGUAGAAGAACAUGUACCUUUUCGUGUAGCAUGGAUAAAUGGUACCAUCCCUCCUCCAGUCACCGAAGCUGGCUCAGUACCUAAAAACAACUGCUUGCAAGGGAUAGAGUUCUUGGAAGAAGAAAAUGUCCGGAUUGGGAUUCUAUUUGCUUCAAAGGCUUUGAUGCAACUUCUGGUUAACCCAUUUGUAGGACCUCUUACUAACAGGAUUGGCUAUCACAUCCCCAUGUUUGUUGGCUUUAUGAUCAUGUUUCUCUCCACACUAAUGUUUGCUUUCUCUGGCACCUAUGCCCUGCUGUUUGUGGCCCGAACUCUCCAAGGCAUUGGAUCUUCAUUUUCAUCUGUUGCAGGGCUUGGGAUGCUGGCCAGUGUCUAUACGGAUAACUACGAGAGAGGAAGAGCCAUGGGAAUUGCUUUGGGGGGCCUGGCUUUGGGACUUCUGGUGGGAGCACCUUUUGGAAGUGUGAUGUAUGAAUUUGUGGGCAAGUCCUCACCAUUCCUCAUCUUGGCCUUCCUGGCACUUCUGGAUGGAGCUCUCCAGUUUUGCAUCCUAUGGCCUUCGAAAGUGUCUCCUGAGAGUGCCAUGGGGACUCCACUUUUGACACUUCUCAAAGAUCCUUACAUUCUGGUAGCAGCAGGUUCCAUCUGCCUGGCCAACAUGGGAGUCGCCAUAUUAGAGCCCACGCUACCCAUCUGGAUGAUGCAGACCAUGUGUUCCCCGGAGUGGCAGCUAGGUCUGGCUUUUUUACCUGCCAGUGUGGCCUACCUCAUUGGCACGAACCUUUUUGGUGUGUUGGCCAACAAGAUGGGUCGGUGGCUGUGCUCCCUUGUUGGAAUGGUAGCUGUAGGUAUCAGCUUGCUCUGUGUACCUCUGGCUCACAAUAUUUUUGGUCUUAUUGGACCCAAUGCAGGCCUUGGCUUUGCCAUAGGCAUGGUGGAUUCCUCUCUGAUGCCCAUCAUGGGAUACCUGGUGGACUUACGCCAUACCUCUGUGUAUGGGAGUGUCUAUGCCAUCGCUGAUGUGGCUUUUUGUGUGGGCUUUGCUAUUGGCCCAUCUACCGGGGGUGUUAUUGUACCGGUCAUCGGCUUCCCUUGGCUCAUGGUCAUCAUUGGAACUAUCAACAUCAUCUAUGCCCCUCUCUGCUGCUUCCUGCAGAACCCACCAGCUAAGGAGGAGGAGCUUGCAAUUCUGAACCAGGAAUGCCCCACAGAGACCCAGAUGUACACAAUCCAGAGGCCCACGAAGGAGUUUCCACUGGGAGAGAACAGCGAUGAUCCUGGCAGUGAGGAGUAGCUGUAGAGGGUGAUAUCUGGGCCUCAUUCCAGGUGACCCCAUGAGGCGUGAAUCUCAGUGUCCCAGGGGACCAGAUCAUCACAGAUUCAAUGGGUCUCACUUUCCUCUCCUCUGGGCAACUCCCUUCCUUCCUUCUUAUUGAUAGCUUGUUCUUACUCACCUGUAAGUACAACCCACCACUCUCCCAAUGUGCUUUGACACCACCAGUGGCCCAUUUUUUGUGGGAGGACAGUGCUACUUCCUGCCAGGCCAAAGCGAAGCUGAUUAAAGCUGAGUUGAGACAAGUUCUGCAAGGGGUGACUCACUUCCUGCAGGCAGUGCUGAACAACGUGCCUGUGAAACCAGGGCUACAAAUGGCAAGCCUUCCUUUCUUCUCUGAUUUUGUCUAACAUAUUACCAAUAUGUCUUAAAAUUUGACCUGUCUCCUGUGAUAUAUUUUCCCCUUAUUUUUUCCAGGUGAGCUUCCAUAUGUAGGUUGUUGUUUUUUUUUUUCUUUCUUAUUUUAUGUGCUAAAAUUACUUUAACUUCAUCAAAUGAAGCCUUCUGGCUUUCCUCAUCAUCCAAUCAAAGGGAAAUAAGCACUUUUCCUAGGUCUGUGUUAUGUCUGCUCUGAUGAUUUCUCAUGUAUGUUUCUAGCUUUCCCCAACCUCUUAAACUCUUAUAAAUAAAA